ACUUUCUUUUUUUAAAAUUCAGGCUUGUUUAGCUCCGGAUGAUGGUAAACCUUUUGUUGAGAAUUUGAUUGGUUCCAGAAUCAAAGUCUGGUGUGCAGAAGAACAUGCAAAAGGCUUGGGCUAGAACUCCUCUUUGGAAGAUAGCAGAGCUCCUUCACAAGGCAGCUGCUAUCCUGAAAGAGCACAAGGCUCCAAAUGCUGAGUGCCUGGUGAAAGAAAUUGCAAAACUAGCUAAAGAUGCAUUCUCUGAGGUUGUGAGAUCUGGAGAUCUUAUUUCUUAUACAGCAGAAGAGGGAGUAAGAAUUCUUGGAGAGGGCAAGUUUUUGGUUUCUGAUAGUUUUCCUGGAAAUGAGAGGACAAAGUAUUGCCUCACUUCUAAGGUUGCCCUAUUAUACUACCACGAGUAUUAGGUACUGUUAUUCUCGGUGCUGUUGCCGCAAAAUAUGCUGGUCUCAGUGAGGCCAUGAUGGCCCUGAAUGCGGCUGGUCAGGGAUGCAUGAGCUCUUGUUUCUAAAUCUUCAGUUCAAUUCAUAACUUUUAUGACAUUUAACUAGGUACAAAACAAUAAGUGAUUAGGGGAGAGGUUUUAAGUGAGUGCAAAACAUAAUGCAGCUUUUUUUGUUCUGUCUUUGCUGGAAUUCCUAUUAGUCUUUGUUUUUUCUUGGUUCGUCCCAUUCCCUCCACCUUCCUCCACCUCUCUAAGAAAAAAAAUGAGAAAAACAGACAAAAGGACUUUGAAGGAAGUAUUACUUCAAUGACGUUUACCUCAAUUAUGCUAGAAAAUUUUAUAGAUCAGUUGUGAAUAAAUAAAUCUAAAGGCCCUUGCUUAAGAUCAGGGCUUGAAGUUGAUGGUAGAAUUGGACAACCCAUGGCAGACUUUACCUCAUUGCUCCUUCAAAGUUUUGGUGGUCUAUGUAUUAUAGAGAAGAAGUUGCAGAAACUGGGUAAAUGAAUUUUCACUUGCAUUUUGUUUCUUAUGCCAUACUUUAGCACUGCCUGGGUCUAGUCAUUUGGUUGAAGGUUUGAUUACAUUAAUAAACCACCUCUGCAUAGCCUUAAACUACAUGAAUUUGUUUUUCUACUCAGCACUGCCUUUACUAGUAAAAAAAGAUACUUCCUCACUUUCUUAUAAACUUUGCCUUUACAGAGCAUGAUAAGGAAACAAUAUGUCAUCGUAUGGCUUUAGUCUGUGGUACUUCUACUUGUCAUAUGGCUGUAUCACAGAGCAAGCUGUUCAUUUCUGGGGUUUGAGAACCUUUUUGGUCAGGUACAAGUUCAAAUUUCAAAUACCUUCAUACUUCUUUCUAGUCAUCCUCAGUCUUGCAGUGUUGGAAGGCAUCGCUAUCAGUUUUAACCCAGAUUACAAAGUUUUGGGUAGUACAUACCCAUGGAUUGCUAGAAAAGUUCUAACUGACAGCUCACCAAAGUUGAAGUCUUCUUUGCAAGCUCUUCUUUACAAGGAAGGUGUUUUCAGAAUCGAUCGUCUAGAAUCUCUACUUUCAGAGUCCCUUCGUGCCCGCACUGAAAGGGCCUUGGUUAAAAGGCAGACAGAAGAUGCUGUUUCCAAAGUGGCUAUCAAGGAGAUUCUUUCCUUCACAUUGACUGAGAAGGGUACCUUCGUGAGGGAAAUACUUCUUCAAGAAGUUGCCAAGGGUUUGGAUGCACUAGGUGUAGCAACACUUGAUUCUUUAACAUCUGUGGCUACCGCGAGCAUACCCUUUUCUACUCCCUUUUCAUCCUCUUCGAUGACUGAGGAAGACAUGGUGAACUUAAGAACGUUGAAGCGCCUCGUUCUACUGUUGUCAGGUUCCCAAAAGAAUGGUAGUUCUGCAGCGGAAGUUCAAGGGAGUAAGACAUACAAGGUCCAGAAUGUAUACUUGGAAGAAGCAUUACCUAUUUUUUAUCAACUUUCAUCAGUUCAAGAGAUUCUGCCCUUCCUUUCUGUUAUUCCUGAGCUCCCACUAGAACUGCAACAACAGUUACUUCUUAUGCCCGGUGAUCUGGCUGGAAGGUUAGUUUCUCGUGCACGCCCGCUAGAGACGGUCAGGAGGAUAUUUCUUUGA